AUGUGUUCUCCGAAAGGAUUUGUUUUAUUACUUGUCGAUGAGUAUGGGAGUAUGAGAGUAUCGAAAGGACAGCUUUUUGUUAAGGACACACAUAAAGGUUACACAACCAAGUCGAAUCGAAUUAUUACAAUCGCCAAAAUGGAGGAGACUGAAACUUUUACCCUCUUACCUCUACAUAUCGAUCACAAAUCAAAAACCAUAUCAACUUCCUCCAACUCUAAAGCCCUCAAUGAAGAAUUAGAAACAAUCAAUAACCUCUGUCGCACACUCAUCGCCAUGGAAUCACCGACUGGAAUUCCUCCUCCACCCGUCCCAGUGAACCCCAAAAGAUCCGCCAACAUUACCAAAUUGCGGGAAUCUGGAAAUGGAGAGUUUCGCAAAGGCAGACAUGGAGAAGCUAUUAAAAUGUAUACUCUUGGUUUACAAAUGGCGCUCAAUAGACCUCUUUGGGAACCUUGUGGCUUGGUGAGAGAUGAGGUGUCGGGAUUGUAUGCAAAUAGAGCGCAGGCGCAUAUGGCGUUGCAGAAUUGGGUUGAGGGAGCUAUGGAUGCGGAAUGUAGUGUUGAGGCUAAGAGGGGUGGGAAUGCAAAGGCGUGGUGGAGGAGGGGAAGAUGUUUGAUGGAGAUGGGAAGGUUAGAGGAGGCGAGAGAGUGGCUUGGAAGGGGUUUGGAGAUGGAGAAUAAUGAAGGGGAUUUGGUGGCUUUGCUGAGGGAGAUUGAGGCAAGGGAAAAGAAAACGUUGCAUGUUUAA